CUCUUGGCGCUUCCUGUUUCCGGUUCCCAGAGUGGGGCACAGCGAGGCGCUAGGGGGAACGCUGGCCUCUGAAACUAGCUCUGGGACCGGGGUCUGCGGCCGGCCCCUAGCUGGCCCCGUCUCCCAUCCCCAGAAGGAUAUUCACUGGGGGUUCUGAGCUUUGGCUACUCCAGUUUCCCACGACACCGUAAAAGACAACUCUACUUAUUGGAAGUCUAGAAACCCUUGAGAUUUGUGACCUGUAGAGGCCGAAGAGGUUUCAGAGGACUACAUCAAGCCAUCAAACAGUAAAGAGGCAAGGAUGGCUCCACCCAAGCUGUCAUCAUUCUUUUUUAGGAUGUUCCCUUUCUACAGCUGCUGGAGGACUGGACUGCUACUACUACUACUCCUGGCUGUGGCAGUGAGAGAAUCCUGGCAGACAGAAGAAAAAACUUGCGACUUGGUAGGAGAAAAGGGUAAAGAGUCAGAGAAAGAGUUGGCUCUAGUGAAGAGGCUGAAACCACUGUUUAAUAAAAGCUUUGAGAGCACUGUGGGCCAGGGUUCAGAGACAUACAUCUACAUCUUCAGGGUGUGCCGGGAAGCUGGCAACCACACUUCUGGGGCAGGCCUGGUGCAAAUCAACAAAAGUAAUGGGAAGGAGACAGUGGUAGGGAGACUCAACGAGACUCACAUCUUCAACGGAAGUAAUUGGAUCAUGCUGAUCUAUAAAGGGGGUGAUGAAUAUGACAACCACUGUGGCAAGGAGCAGCGUCGUGCAGUGGUGAUGAUCUCCUGCAAUCGACACACCCUAGCGGACAAUUUUAACCCUGUGUCUGAGGAGCGUGGCAAAGUCCAAGAUUGUUUCUACCUCUUUGAGAUGGAUAGCAGCCUGGCCUGUUCCCCAGAGAUCUCCCACCUCAGUGUGGGUUCUAUCUUACUUGUCACGUUUGCAUCACUGGUUGCUGUUUAUGUUGUUGGGGGGUUCCUAUACCAGCGACUGGUGGUGGGAGCCAAAGGAAUGGAGCAGUUUCCCCACUUAGCCUUCUGGCAAGAUCUUGGCAAUCUGGUAGCAGAUGGCUGUGACUUUGUCUGCCGUUCUAAACCUCGAAAUGUGCCUGCAGCAUAUCGUGGUGUGGGGGAUGACCAGCUGGGGGAGGAGUCAGAAGAAAGGGAUGACCAUUUAUUACCAAUGUAGAUUGCACUUUAUAUGUCCAGCCUCUUCCUCAGUCCCCCAAACCAAAGCUACACAGCCAAAUUUCUCAAGCAGUCUCAACUCUAGUCCCUCAUCUCACCCUUACUAUUGCUCUUGCUUUCCAGUUUGCUUUUGAUUUGCAUCUUCUCACUGGUAAAACUGCCUUCUCUUUGUUCCUUAUUUUCUGUUUUUUUCUCUAGAGAGGUACAGUUGUAAGUCAGAGUUAAUAUAAUAGGGCCUGUGAAAACAGAGGCUUUUGCACUGUCUCUUGACAUCAGAAGGUACAGUAGACACAUGGGCAAAAUGGUGUGGCAGGCUCACUGGCCCUUUGUUUUUUAAACACAUUUUCACAAGUUUUUGAGACACUGGAUUUCUUUAAUUAAAAAAAAAUGCCAAGAAACAUUAUUUAUACAGGUUUGAUUGCUUUCAUGUUGUUAUUCUGCACCCUAUAGUAGCCUCCAUGAGAAUCUGGUAUUUCUUGCUGCUUGGAACUACUUUGCAGUGAUUACUUGGUUGCAGUCCAAGUACUCUCGUUUAGUCUGAGCCUGGAGAUGUUCUAGACUUGCUUCUCCCACCUCUGGGAUUAGGACAGGAAAAAUGUGAAAUUUCCCAAUUACAGGAUUAUACGGUACCAUCACAUCAUUUGUGGAAACUGGAGUGACUGUAUAGCUGGGAUUGGGCUAAGGAUUGUGGUCUUAUCUGUCCACAUACAGCCAAAAUGCCUAUCCAGAAAUCCAGUCCGUUGGAAAGGAAAAUUGGUACUCCUGUGCCAUAGGGGUUCCAGAAAAGGGAAGUCACUUUACCUUGCGGUGGUGGGAUCCUGAUGUCUUUCAUCCAUUUGUAGUAAAAGCUGGUAAAGCUUUUCUUACUCCUGGUUCCCUAUACCAGUAUUUCUAAACAUAUGUCGCACUUUCUCCACAGGCAUGUGGUUUUGACCUUUUUUUCAAUCUUCUAGAAAGGGAACGGAAGCAGAAGUGGGACAUCGAGGGCUCUGCUGUCCUCUGCGCUGGGUGUGGAAUGCUGCUGCACCUGUCCCUUCUGCUGGCUCAGGGAAGUGUCUUCUUGCCCACAUUUCUGUGGGGAAAGGUUUUUAAUCCUCUGAUGCUUCCAUCUUCCUGUUUAGGCCAUGUGCCCAGAAACCUGGACUGAUCUUUCUUUAAUAGUGAACCCCUGGGCCACUGAAGAGUAACAUGGCUCCACUGGACACAAAAGAGGGAUGGAAUCAACAGGCAGGGGGCCUUUUAUAAGCCUUAGGAAAAGAAAAUGAAACUAUUUCAUCUUUGGACUUUUCAAUACUAUUGGAGUGAUUUUUUUCUUUCUAAACAGGGAAAAUAAUGUUACAAAAGCAUCUUUUUUGUUAUUUGUUUGCAUCCCUCCCCCACACCCUGGUGUUUUAAAAUGAAGAAAAAAAACCAUCACUUUUUGUACAAAAACUCUUAAUGAUUAAAAAACAAACAAAA